AUGGCUGCUCAAAGAUUACUUACCGAUGCAAAUGGACCUUAUUAUGGAAAUGGUAGCAGUGGAGAUUUUUCGACGACGAAUGGUCCCAAUGGUAAUAACAAUAUGUAUCCACCAACAUUCACAAGUGAAACAUCCUCAUCAUCACCAGUUCUUCAUCAUUUACAAACUCUUCUUGGACCUGUUAUCGAAUCUCCGUCAACUACAAAUCAUUCGAACAGUGUGAAUGCCGAUAAUCAAAUCAAACAACACAAAGAUAUGAUCUACAGUCAUCCAUUAUUUCCUUUAUUGGCAUUAAUCUUUGAAAAAUGUGAAUUAGCAACUUGUACUCCAAGAGAUUCUGGUGGACCAGGAGAUGUGUGUUCAUCAGAAUCAUUUAAUGAUGAUAUUACUGAAUUUGCUAAACAGCUACAAAAAGACCAAAACUAUAUAACGACAAAUCCUGAAUUAGACAAUGUGAUGAUUCAAGCAAUACAAGUAUUACGGUUUCAUCUUCUUGAAUUAGAAAAAGUUCAUGAAUUAUGCGAUAAUUUUACACAUCGUUAUAUCACAUGUUUAAAAGGCAAAUUACCAAUGGAUUUAGUAAUCGAUGAACGUGAUUCAAAUGUUUCAUCAUCGAAAUCAGGUGAUGAUGAUGAUCAAGAUGAUGAUCAAUCAAGUCCUCAACCGCCAUCAGGAUUUCCGCCACAACCACCUACAAGUUCAUCACGUUCAUCAUCUUAUAAUCAGCAUAGUCCAGAUGGUUCAAUAACACCAUUUACUCAUCAACAAAAAUCACUUCGAUCAUCAUCCCAAUUAACACCAUUUGCUUCAUCUCAUCAUGUUGGACAUCCUCAUCAUCAUCUUCAACCACCACCACCAGCAGCACAUUUUCAACAGCCACAACUUGUGCCACCGCCUCCUCCACCUCCACAUCCAUCAUAUUCAAAUCAUCUUGUUGCUCACCAUCCAUCACUUUUAAAUCAUCAACAACAUUUUCAUCAUUCAAUUCACAAUGAUGAUACACAAUCGACACAUUCUUCGUCAGAUACAAAUACUCCAAAUCCAAAUCAACCAACCAUGAUUAAUAUGACAAAUACCAAUAAUGGUUAUCAUGGCUUGCAUGACAAUAAUAGUGAAACGGGUGACAAUUUGGAUAACAGUGGUUCAGGUGGUGAAGAUGAUCUUGAUGAUAAUGCAAAAAAACGUCAAAAAAAACGUGGAAUUUUUCCUAAAGUAGCUACAAAUAUUAUGCGAGCAUGGUUAUUUCAACAUUUAACUCAUCCAUAUCCGUCCGAAGAACAAAAAAAACAAUUAGCACAAGAUACUGGUCUAACAAUUUUACAAGUUAAUAAUUGGUUUAUCAAUGCCAGACGUCGAAUUGUUCAACCAAUGAUUGAUCAAUCUAAUCGUGCUGGUAAGUUUUACAUAAAUGGUAACGAUAAUAUAAAUGAAGAAAAUCAAUUAUGUAUACCGUCAAUGGUAUCCUCUCGUACUACUGUGACAAAACGAUAUAAUAAGCGACAGGAAAAAUCUCGAGAAUUAUUAUUCAAUGAAAAAAAAUUACACCGUCGAACAAAUCCUGUUAAAACACCGUCAGUUGUUCCUCAACAAUUAUCCCCUUCAUAUUUACUGAAAGGCAAGAGUGUAUAA